UCCCGGGCCUGGGGUCUCGUCCAGGACGGCUCUGCCCCAUGCCUGACCCUGCUGCUGAGCAGAAAGGGUUUGCAUAAGACUCUUCAGUUCCGAUCUAUAGGUCCAGCUGUCUGGGGCACGAGAAAUUGUCAUUUAAAGAGCCCGUGAGAGAGAGGAGCAGUGCCUGCUGGGAUUCUAAAGGAGACCUAUAGGUGGCUUUGUUACUGUUGACUGGGAAAUACCUUGCUCUGUUCUUAAAGCUCUGUGCUCUCAUUCACACCGAGUGUUGGAAAAGAGUGCACUCUAAAUCAUCUUCUUCUCUCCUAGCAGGAAGUGCUCAAAUAUUACACACACAUGCACACACACACACACGCAUACACAAAAGAGGAAAUAGUUGGAUCGGAACUUAGAAAUCACAUGACUGAUGACUAAGUUCAAUUUUUCCUACUUACUGAAAAGAAAGAGUCCGGUGAUUAGUUAUUGAUAUCUCCUUUUUAGAGUUUUGGCACUAUUAAAUCAUGUUCCCAUUUAUGCUCUUUUCCACCCUGUUUUCUCCCAUAUUUACUGAACCGGCAGAGCAACACUGGAUCUGCAACUCCUCUGAUACUGACAUCUGGUAUACAUACUGUGAUAACAUGAAAUUCCCUAUUUCGUUAAAUCUUAACCCCUGUAUAGAAUUGAAGGGAAGCCGUGGAUAUUUACAUAUUUUCUACAUUCCAAGGAGAGACAUUAAAAAAUUAUAUUUCAAUCUGUAUUUAUCUUUCAACUCCAUGAAUUUUCCAGUGCGCAAAGAGGUUAUUUGCCACGGGUCUGAUGAUGAGUACUCGUUCUGCAGAGCCCUGAAGGGAGAGACGGUGAAUACAACAAUAUCAUUCUCCUUCAAGGGAAUACGCUUCUCUAAGGGACAGUACAGAUGUAUUGUAGAAGCCAUCACCGGGUACACUGAAGAAAAGCUCUUUUGUUUGAAUUUUACCAUCAUAUACCACCCUGAUUUCAAUUAA